AUGCAUCCCGCCGGCAUCGCAGGCUGGAUGCCUGGCCAGCCCACAGCCGUCAUCGACCUCGGGGAAGAGUUCGCCCCUGAUCCGUCCAACGCCUCCACCGCCGCCCUCCAGUUCUCGGCCGCCUACUACGCAGUUGAUUCAUCUGCCGAGGGCAACGGCUCCAAGAAACGCAAGGUCGAGCGCGCUUGUGAUUUCUGCAGAAGACGUAAAGCCCGCUGUGAUGGUCCUCGUAUGCCCGACAACAUUUGCAGCAAUUGCAUCACAAACUCCCGCUCGUGCACAUAUGUCGAAAGUUCCAAGCCCAGAGGCCCACCUAAGGCCUAUGUCGUUGGGCUGGAAGACCGUGUUGAGAGAAUGGAAGCGUUGCUCAAACGGCUCCGUCCCGAGACCGACUUUUCUGAGGAAAUCGGUCCUCCAAUCGUCCGAGACUCAUGGAAGACCGAAGGAACCCCUCUACUCGAAGCAACUGACAAGGCGCUCUCGUCUUCGCCAAAGCCAGAGCAUUCCCCGACCAUCUCCACCAAAGGAUCUCUGGCCUCGCUUACGGCUCCCCCUCCUAAUCGCGCUCGCGUCAAUCCGUCCGCGCUCGGCGGGAAUAUGCGAACGCGCAAUGGGCGAGGGGAUAGAGCCACCCGCAGCUCGCAGCCUCGCAAGCGUAGCGACGACGCGUCCGACUCCGACCACGAUGCGUCGUGUUCGUCCCUCUCCGACUCUUCCGAGGAAGACGAGGCGGGAGAGCUUAGCAUUGUGAGCGGGAUGAAGCGUCUAACAAUGCGCGGCCUGGAGCCGGCAGAGGUCUCCCCAGAGCGACACGUCGUUGACAAUCAGUUGCGCUUCCACGGGAAGAGCAGCAGCUUCAAGCUCAUCUCUACGACCCGGGGACUAAUACAGCAGCACAUCAACGAAACUUCUAGCGAGGGUCGUCAAUCGAAUUCUCCCGGGGACAUCCCACUUCCUCCGCCUCCGAGCCGCAAGCGACCGCAGUUUUGGCAGAUUCCGACGUGGGAACAGGCGUUCGAGAACGCCGACGAUCCGACGCGGAUCCCCGACUGGCUGCUACCUGGCUUUCCGCCACCGGACCUAGCGGACAAGCUCAUCAGGGACUACUUCGAGCUCAAUUCCAACACUUUUCCUCUACUCCACCGACCUACGUUCGAGCGACAUUGGCGCGAUCAAAUCCAUACGAAGAACGUAUGGUUUGCCUGUGUCUGCUUAGGCAUAUUCGGUAUCGCAAGCCGAUGGAGCUCUGACCCUCGCGUUCUGCCCGACGGCGUUGUGAAUAAAGUCGUGGACGACAAGGAGCAAGACCUAUGGUCUUUGGCAGGUUGGAGGUUUGUGAUCCUUGGCGCGAAGAUCCACGAAUCGAGGAGAAGUGUACUAUGCCCACCGGAGUUGUUCGAGAUUCAAAGUUUUGUGCUCAUCGCUCAAUACUUCCGAGGCAGCGUAGUUCAAGCCGGGUCGUGGUUUUACCUCAGCGUUGGCCUUAUCAAAGCGCAAGACGUGGGAGCACAUCGGCGAAAGAUUUACGGCUGCAAGCCUACGGUGGAAGAAGAGCUCUGGAAGCGAGCGUACUGGCACUUGGUGGCGUUCGAUCGCGUUGGGAGCAUGCUCCUGGGACGUCCGUGUUGCUCCCGUGAAGAAGACCUCGAUCUUGACCUUCCGAUUGAGGUCGAUGAUGAGUACUGGGAGAACGAUGACCCUGAGCUUGCCUUCCGGCAACCGGAGGGAAAGCCUGCUCUUAUCUCAAGCUUCUUAGAAUGGAUAAAGCUCAGUCACAUCAUUGCGUAUGCGCUGAAAACACUGUACACAUCGAGCAAGACCAAGGCUGGGUUGGGUCUGACAGGCGCACGAUGGAAAGAGCAGACCAUUGAGAAGCUCAACGACGCACUGCUCAAGUGGGCCGAAGAAGUGCCGGCACAUUUAAGGUGGAAAUCAGACAUGCAGGACCGCGCCUUUGCAAGUCAGGCCGCGACCCUCCAUACAACGUACCACAUGAUCCAGAUCCUGAUUUACCGGCCAUUCAUCCGGGUACCUCACGCCCCGUCCCGUGGACGCCUUGUGCACCAUUCGCCGAUGUCGUCGAAAGCGAUGUCAAUAUGCCUGAACUCGGUUCGCGCCAGCAAUUUCAUCAUGGAUGUGCAAACCCGCCGCGGCAUGCUCAACGUCACCAACGUCCUACACGUGUCCUUCUUCAACGCCGGCGUGCUUUUGGUGCAUUUCUGGGAUCUGGUCCGACAGUUCUCGUCUCACCGCUCGCAAGAAGUGCGUGCGCUUAUUUCGCACGAGGCCUCUACGGCCAUGGGCGAAAUCUCGGCUAUGAUAGCGAGGCUUGAAGACGUCGCACAGCGGUGGGAACUUGCGCGGGAAAUGCUGUAA